AAAUAUUCAACUCCCAUGAAUUUUAGAGACGACCAACAAGCUCAUCAUACGUGACCACUCACGUGUGAUCUCUGCUCAGUCGUACUUUUCACCUCUCUGACCUCUUUCUCUGUGUCUUUUACGUGUGCAAACGUUUCAGAUACCAAAGCCUUUGUUGUUCUGAGCUGGUCUCGAUCUCUCUCUCUCUCUCUCUCUCUCUCUCUCGCAUUCAGUCACUUAUAUACCUUCAACUAACAUCAUCGUUUACCUAUAGACUGCAUGGUCUUAUAGCUAAUACUACUACUACUACUAAAGGCUUAGUUUGAUUCAUAAAAAGAAAUAAUGGAGAUAGUUCAGUUUCAUGAUUCUCUUUCCCCUUCAUCUUCUUUUAGUUCUUCUGUGGUGAAGCCUAAGCCUACGACUAUGAGACCAGAAUCACCGUCUCAUGGGGGCUUUGAUUUGUAUGGGAAGCGUAGGCUAGUGCUCAAGGUUCAUGCCAUGGAAAGAGAGAUUGGUUUGCUUGAGGAGGAAUUAAAAUCACUUGAAGGCAUGCAACCUGCUUCCAUUUGUUGCCAAGAGCUAGACACCUAUAUAGUGGCUAAACCAGAUCCUUUUAUUGCAAAGUAUAACUCUUGAGCUUAACAUUUCUUCAACUUUAAUAUAGGUUAAUUUUACGUUUCUAAAGUUGGAUGAUCCCUCUCUUUCUAACAGGAAUCAGGAUAUCCAGAAGUCCCAUCAUUUCUGGAAGAGAAUCUGGGCCAAAUGUUGUCUCAAUCUUCCAUGGAUUUGCUGCUUUAGCGGCUGCCAGAUUCGUCUAAAAUUGCCAAACUUAUGUAUCAGCUGUCGGCCAUGCAAGUUCCAAUGGCCUGGAUGCUGCUGCUUUAAGAAGAUUAGUUGUCAAACGUGUUGCAAUUGCCUGAAAAAUUCAUGCAUACCUUGUUCCUGCUGCUGCUUUAAGAAGAUAAGUUGUCAAACGUGUUGCAAUUGCCUGAAAAAUUCAUGCUUACCUUGUUCCUGCGGCUGCUUUAAGAAGAUAAGUUGUCAAACGUGUUGUAAUUGUCUGAAAAAUUCAUGCUUACCUUGUUCCUGCUGCUGUUUCAAAAGGUGUUCAUGUAAAUGUAGAAAGGUAAAUCUUUGUUCUGGUUGUCCAACAUACUCUUGUAAUCCAUGUAAUCUAUGUUGUUGUAAUCCAUGUAAUCCAUGUAAUCUAUGUUGUUGUUAACACAUUGUAAAUAUAUAUUGCAGCGCCUUCUUCAA